AAAAUCAGCCGUCAUAACAAAACGUCAUUUCAACAUUUUUUAGGAAGAAGUGUUUUUUUUAGCCAAAAUAAACUGAAAAAUAAAAGAACGCUAUAGAUUAAGUGUAAUUUAUAUACCCUUUAGUGAAAUUUUAUCAUUCCAAUAUAUAUUAGUGUUACUCUUAUUUCAAUGAGGUCAUCACGUCGUGGUUAUCACAAAACAAACUUACGCUUCUACUCCGUAGGGACAUUCAGUAUUUAUUAGUGACUCUUGUGAUAAAGACGUCUUUUAGAGAUCUUCAAGAUGAAGUUCGCCGAGCACUUAAGUGCACACAUAACACCUGAGUGGCGGAAACAAUACAUAAAUUAUGAGGAAAUGAAAGCAAUGUUGUACACAGCUGUUGAAGAGGCGCCGUCCGCGGAGAAUGUGGAACCGGAGGUACUGUCGCGACACUUUGCGAACUUCGAUGAAACUUUCUUCCACUACUGUGAUCAGGAACUCAAGAAAAUCAAUACUUUUUACUCAGAAAAAUUAGCAGAAGCUACUCGUAAAUUCGCAACAUUACAGAGUGAAUUGAAAUCACAUUUCGACACUAUGAAACCAAAGGGAAGUGGUGAUAACAAAAAGGCUCAGCUGCCUAGACGGAAGGUGCAGGAGCUGAAGUUGGCCUUCAGCGAAUUCUAUCUUAGCUUGAUACUGUUGCAGAACUACCAGAACCUCAAUUUCACGGGAUUUAGGAAAAUAUUGAAAAAACACGAUAAGUUAUUAAAUGUAAGCAACGGUGCUCAAUGGCGGGCGGAACACGUAGAGACAUCUCAUUUCUACACAAAUAAAGACAUAGACAGACUGAUAAGCGAUACGGAGGCGACGGUCACCAACGAAUUAGAAGGCGGUGAUCGACAGAAGGCGAUGAAGAAACUCAGGGUGCCACCGCUGGGAGAACAGCAGAGCCCCUGGACCACGUUCAAAGUGGGCCUCUUCUCUGGUUCCUUCAUCGUCUUGUUUAUAACUGUAGUGCUUUCCGCGUUAUUCCACGAAGGUGCCACAGAGAAUUUUAAGAUAGCCUUUAGACUGUACAGAGGACCAUUCCUAUUAGUUGAAUUCAUAUUUUUAAUUGGCAUAAACGUAUAUGGAUGGCGAUCGUCUGGUGUCAAUCAUGUGCUCAUCUUUGAGCUGGACCCUCGAAACCAUUUAUCAGAACAGCACUUAAUGGAGUUAGCAGCUAUAUUUGGGGUGGUGUGGGCGCUGAGUAUACUCACUUUUAUAUAUAGUGCUAGUUUGAGUAUACCGCCAUUUGUGAAUCCGUUAGCACUUGUGAUAAUAAUGUUGGCAUUUCUAAUGAAUCCACUGAAGGUUUUUAGACACGAAGCUAGGUUUUGGUUCCUAAGGAUAUGUGGGAGGAUAUUGGCGGCCCCCUUUAUGCCCGUGUUAUUCGCGGAUUUCUGGUUGGCGGACCAGUGGAACUCGUUCGCCAAUGCUUUCCUGGACUUCCACUACCUUGUAGCUUUCUACAUUGUCAGUGGUGACUGGUUUAAUGUUCAGGACACGUUCCAGAUGACCCGAUGGUUUAUCCUGAGUCGAGCGCUGGUGAACAUAAUACCGGCAUGGUCCCGGUUCUGGCAGUGCCUGCGUCGGUACCGGGACAGCAAGGAGGCGUUCCCUCACCUCGUCAACGCUGGAAAAUAUUCCACCACGUUCUUCGUGGUACUGUUUGCGACGCUCAAGACUAUCUAUAGCGGUGAAUACACCAACAACAAGUAUGACAACCCGUUCCUGUACGCAUGGUUCGCGUGCCAGUUGAUCUCCUCUCUGUACACGUACACGUGGGACGUGAAGAUGGACUGGGGCCUGUUCAGCUGCGGCCCCAACGCAGAGAAUAAAUUCCUCAGGGAGGAGAUCGUUUACAGUCCAGGGUUCUACUAUUUUGCGAUUGUUGAAGAUUUCGUUCUACGCUUUAUUUGGAUAGCGUCAUUCUUUCUCACCGAGAAUAAUCUCGUCGGCGCUGAGACUAUGGUGUCUAUACUAGCACCGCUUGAAGUCUUUAGACGUUUCAUCUGGAACUUCUUCCGCCUGGAGAACGAGCACCUGAACAACUGCGGCAAGUUCCGAGCCGUCAGAGAUAUCUCCGUGGCGCCACUCGACUCCUCAGAUCAAGCAGACAUACUACGUAUGAUGGAUCAUCCUGACGGCGUUCAUAACAGACUAACAAAGAAAAAAAACUUGAAAAAGCCAAAGGAAAAUGACAAAAAACCGUUACUGAAGAAGGAAUCCAUACACGAGUUGCAAUUGGAUCUAGAUCUGUCAUCGAAGAUGCUGUGACGGCCCGCCUCUGUAGUCUAUGGGUGGGAAUUCCCCUGCCGGCGUGUCUACUUGUGUUAUUAUCAUACGUUAGCCAGUAGACCCCAUUGUGCUGCUAUAGCCUGUCCUCCACGAUGCUGUGACCUCUGUGAUAAGCUACUCGGAGUAUUAUUACGAUUAUAUUUUUAAAACAAUUUAUGUAUUUUCAUUUAUGAUUUUCUAAACAAAAUAGAUAUUUAAAGGAAAAGUCAAGUGCAUAUAGAUUGACA